GCCGCGGGGGGGAAGAAAACUUUAUAAGGAGAAAACAUUCCCUAAGCCGCCGUCCCCUCGGCGCGGGCAGCGCAGCCCCGUCCUGCCCCGAAGCCGGCGGGGGCGGCAGCAGCCGAGCCGGGGGGAUUCCUCGGGGUGGUUGUUUUAAUUAGGUGGGAACCGAAACCACUCCGUUUCCAGGAAACUGUUUUCCCUCUUUCCCGCCACCAUCCCCGGCGCGGGGGGGAAGGAGGGGGCAGCGCCCAUAAAGGGGGAGCGGCGAAGGGGCGGCUCCGAGCGACAGGGAUAGGGACCGGGGAUAGGGACCGGCAACAGGAUCGGGAGAAGCACCUGGACCAGGACCGCAGGGCACCAUGGCUGAAGAUCUGGUGCUGGAGACGUGGGACCUGCAGUGCGAGCGCAAUGGCCGGGAGCACCGGACAGCAGAGAUGGGCUGCCAGCAGCUGGUGGUGCGGCGGGGGCAGCCCUUCACCAUCACCCUGCACUUCUCCGGCAGAGGCUACGAGGAGGGGGUGGACAAACUCGCUUUCAACGUUGAGACAGGACCCUGCCCCAUCGAGACAUCGGGAACCAAGUUCCACUUUGCCGUGACGGACUUCCCGGAAGAAUCGGGCUGGAGUGCCGUAAUCCAGCAGCAGGAUGGGGGCUCCCUCAGCGUCUCGCUCUGCUCCCCCCCCAGCGCCUGCGUCGGCCGCUACAGCCUGACACUGGAGACCUCCACUGGCUACGAGGGCAGCAGCUGCCACAUCGGGCACUUCGUUCUGCUCUUUAACGCCUGGCACCCAGAGGACACAGUUUUCCUCAGAGAUGAGGAUGAGCGCCGCGAGUACGUGCUGUCCCAGGAGGGGCUCAUCUACCAGGGCUCCUCCACCUACAUCACCUCCACACCCUGGAACUUUGGCCAGUUCGAGGACGACAUCCUGUCCAUCUGCCUCAACUUGCUCGACACAAACCCCAAAUUCCUGAGGGACCAGAACCAGGAUUGCUCCCGCCGCAACGACCCGGUGUACAUUGGCAGAGUGGUGAGCGCCAUGGUAAAUUGUAACGAUGAGGACCGCGGAGUGCUGGCAGGGCGGUGGGACAACCAAUACGAAGAUGGGAUGAGCCCAAUGGCCUGGAUCGGGAGUGUGGACAUUCUCAAGAGGUGGAAGAAUUUUGGGUGCCAGCCAGUCAAGUAUGGCCAGUGCUGGGUCUUCGCUGCUGUGGCGUGUACUGUCAUGCGGUGCCUGGGGAUCCCCAGCCGAGUGGUGACCAACUACAACUCAGCCCACGACACCAAUGGCAACCUGGUCAUCGACCGCUAUCUCAGCGAGACCGGGGAGGAGGAACGGCGCUCUAAGGACAUGAUCUGGAACUUCCACUGCUGGGUGGAGUCCUGGAUGGCCCGUCCAGACCUGGGUGCCUACGAUGGGUGGCAGGUGCUGGACCCAACACCCCAGGAGAAGAGCGAAGGGGUUUUCUGCUGUGGGCCAGCUCCCGUCCAAGCCGUCAAGGAGGGCGACUUGCAGCUGAAGUAUGACAUCCCCUUCAUCUUCGCGGAGGUGAACGCCGACGUGGUGUACUGGGUGGUGCGGCCCGACGGGUCGGAGAAGAAGAGCAUCCACUCCUCGGUGGUGGGGAAGAACAUCAGCACCAAGAGCGUGGGCAGGGACAGCAGGGAGGACAUCACCCACACCUACAAGUAUCCAGAGGGGUCUGAAAAGGAGAGAGAAGUGUUUGAGAAGGCAGAGCACGAGAAGAGCUCUCUCAGGGAGGAGGACGAGGGGCUGCACCUCAAGAUCAAGCUGUCGGAGGGUGCAAACAACGGCUGUGACUUCGAUGUCUUUGCUGUCAUCAACAACAACUCAGACACAGAACGGGCCUGCAGGCUCAGGCUAUGUGCUCGAACCGCCAGCUACAACGGCACCGUCGGGCCCCAGUGCGGCAUGAAGGACCUGCUGAAUGUCACCCUCGAGCCCUGGGCAGAGAAGAGCGUGCCCCUGCGUAUCCUGUAUGAGAAGUACGGGGAGAGCCUGACCCAGGACAACUUAAUCAAGGUGGUGGCUCUCCUGACUGAGCACCAGACCGACGAUGUCAUCGUGGCCAUCAGGGAUGUCUACAUCCAGAAUCCAGAGAUCAAGAUCAGGAUUUUAGGGGAGCCGAUGCAGCAGCGGAAGCUGGUGGCGGAGAUCAGCCUGGUGAACCCCCUCGCAGCACCCCUGCUCAACUGCACCUUUGUGGUGGAGGGCGCCGGCCUCACCGACGGGCAGCAGAUCAAGGAGCUUGAGGAGCCCGUGGAGCCACAAGCAGAGGCCAAGUUCCGUCUGGAUUUUGUGCCGCGCCUGUCGGGGCUGCACAAGCUGAUGGUGGACUUCGAGAGCGACAAGCUGAGGGGCGUGAAGGGCUACCGCAACGUCAUCAUCGCACCCCAGCCCAAGUGAGCGGCCGCCGCAGCCCCUCUGCUGCAGAGACCCUGCCUCCCCUCCUGCUCCGGGGCUCGCUGGACCCCAGCUUGCUUUAGCCCAAGCCGGUCCCAGUGGGCGUGGAAGGACGAUGGCCAAAGUCCAGCCCAACCCCAACGCAGCUGCAGCGCCGUGCUCCUCUCUGGCAGCACUCAGUGCAAUGGGGAGAGAAGCAAUGGGACCAGGAACAGCAGAGAGGGGCUGGGGGCGUUUGGGGCUCCCUGCAGCAGCUGCUCACUUCACUGCCUUCCCCUCACCCCGUGGGGUGGAAAUAUCCCGGUCCUGCCUGUCCUCGAGCUGGGGUGCAGCAGGGAGCCUGACCCCGCGCAGCUGGGCAGCAGCCGGCCCCCUCCCCUCUCUGCAGCGCUGGCAGCCCCCGCCACAGCAAAGAGCUCAAAGCAAAGAGAACAACCUUCCCCAGCACUGACUGCACCUCAGCCCCACUCCUGCUGCUCCAACAGUUCUCUGAAUGCAAUUUGGUAGAGGAAAGAUUGUAUACUGUGAGCAUAGAGCUGUUUAUAGGCUAUAUACGUAUAUAACAAAUCUAUUUAUGGCUAAAUAACUACACACUGCCUCCAGGCCUACUGCACAGGCAAAGCAGGGCUUCGCUUCAACAGUUCUUCUUCCACUGCAAACACUGUGCAGUGAGGGUGGGACGUUCCCAUGACAUGAAUUAACUAUGCAAGCACUGAAUAAAAACUCUAUUUUUCACUUU